AUGGCUUCCGUCCUCUCGGCCGCCUUCGUCCUCUUGUUGGCCCUGAUCGGUCCCGUCGCCACGGUCAGUAACCUCGAGGAUUACGCCGGAGACGAGGCGGAGCGGACGGCCGGUGAAAACCUCGUGUUCGAUGACUACCGGGGCAAAGGGUGCGUGGACGACAGCGGUUUCGUGUACAAACUCGGGGAACGCUUCUACCCAGGCCACUCCAAUUGCCCCUGCGUGUGCACAGAGGACGGGCCGGUGUGUGACCAGCCCGAGUGCCCCAAACUUCACCCCAAGUGCACCAAAGUGGAGCACAAUGGCUGCUGCCCCGAGUGCAAGGAAGUUAAAAACUUUUGCGAGUAUCGAGGGAAAACGUACAAAAUUCUGGAAGAGUUUAAGCCGUCACCUUGUGAAUGGUGUCGCUGCGAGCCAAAUAAUGAGGUCCACUGUGUGGUGUCCGACUGCGCUGUCCCAGAGUGCGUCAACCCUGUCUAUGAGCCAGAGCAAUGCUGCCCCAUCUGUAAAAACGGUCCAAAUUGCUUCGCUGGCUCGACCAUCAUCCCAGCUGGAAUUGAAGUAAAAGUGGACGACUGCACCAUCUGCCGCUGCCACAACGGAGAUUGGUGGAAACCGGCUCAGUGCUUGCGGCGUGAGUGCCUCAACGGCCAGUCAUCGUAG